CAUACAUUUGGGUUACUUCCUUGUUACUUGUGUUAAAUGUCUCUUUAUAUUCAAGUUUUUUUUAUAAUAACUUGCUGAUAAUACAGCGAUGGGCAUGGGUUUUGUGAUGAUUAAAUGGAAAAUCGAACUUUUAACUGUGCUGUUUAUCUGUUUUUCUAGUAUAACAGUUGGUGAAUCGAUUACACUGACACCAACUCCAGCCUAUGUCUUACACGGACACGUCCUUGAGUUAACUUGUAAAUCAAAUAGAACCAAAGGGUUUUAUGAGUUUUUCUACAUGAAAUCUGAACAAAAAAUAUCUUUGGGCAGAGGUGGAGGAAGCUUCCAAUCUUGUCUAAAUGAAACUGAUACAGGAACAACUAUAGAUUGUGACUUUGGGAACAACUCUUGGAAAUUUACAUUAUUGAUUUCAAAUCCAGAACAUAACCAGACCAUCUUCUGCAAAGAUGAUCGAAACACUUCUGUCAACAGUACUAUUUUUGUGGCAGUUCCUGUGACUUCAGUGACAUUGGCUCCAACAUCAAUCAAUGUGACUGCUGGGCAACAGAUGUAUAUAAACUGUACAACGUCAUACUGUUAUCCUCAAGCUAACAUCACGUGGUAUAUGUCAUCAACAAACUUUACCAAUCAAUUUACACUUACAAAAAAUACAUCGAAUGGUUUAGUGAGAACUUUGUCAGCAUUAUCAAUCAAUGCUUCCAAAUCAGACAACGGGAAACGGGUGUAUUGCACAGCCAGUAACAUAUCAGGGAGGAGAGUAAACUCCACAGUGAAUAUGCUGACAGUAUUAUAUAAACCGGAAGUGAUACCACUGGCAGGUUUUUUAAGUCCAUACAGAGUCAUAGAAGGUCAAACAGCUGUAUUGAAGUGUGCAUUGAUUGAUGCCAACCCUUACACUAGUAUCAUAUGGAGAUGGUCCAGAACAUAUCGUCCUGAAUACGUCCUUUAUUCUGGACCAAACUAUACAAUACCUAACAUACAGAGGAACAUGUCUGGAACAUACAACUGUACAGCCAGCAAUUCUGUGGGGACAUCUGAAGCGGGUAUAACUACCGUUGAUGUACUAUACAAGCCCAAAAUAGCCGAUACAACAAGCACCACCGUAAAUGAGAGUGAUAGAACCAUACUUAGUAGGGAAAUAGUCAGUAAUCCUUUAUCAAAUGUAUCGUGGUAUAACGGAUCGAAGUUGUUGGACUACCAGGUGUCGGUGGCAGCAGCUACAUUGACUAUAGAGAAAGCCAUGUGUACAGAUACUAGGAAUUUUACCCUUAUUGCUGGUAACACAGUGGAGAGAAACGUGUCGGCGUUGGUGGAAUUAAUAGUUUAUUGCAAGCCACGGUCAUACAGUGGAAACAUAACACUUGGAGUGACAGACACCUCUGGGAUUGAUUUUUCUACAACAGUUAUUGCGUAUCCUGAGCCUCGUUAUGAAUUAAGAUACGAGAAUGGAACAACAAGCAAUAAGAUGAUGGGCAGCAUAACAAGAAAUGAUGUGAAUAAUUUUACUAUUCGUUUUAAUCAAACAGCCGUAAAACAAGACGAUUAUGGAAUUUAUCGUCUUCUAGUCAGCAACCCGUUUGGAGAAACAGUUGUAGUUUUGACUGUGAUACCACAAAGAAAACCUAACAUGCCGGAAAGAGUCGAAAUUGUUUGUGAAGUAAUGCGUGCCAGAGUUCAGUGGAGAUCAUCAUUUGAUGGCGGGGAUCCCCAGUCAUUUACUGUCAUUGUCUUGAAUGGUCAGCAAAGAGAAAGCCGGUCCGAUAAUAUUAGUGACAAAGGAGAAAAUGUUAUCCAUUCAACAUUCGUACAAAAUCUUCAACCGUCUACGACCUACGUUAUUUAUGUAACUGCACAGAACAGACAUGGAUUAAGCUCUUCAGAGAAAGUCAGCUGCACGACAUUAGAAGAGGAUUCUACUGAUUUGCCGUUUAUCGCUGGAGGAGCGGCUGCUGGAGGGAUAACUCUAGCAAUUGUUCUCGUUGUUGUUGUCGUGGUUCUUCUGAGAUUAAAAAAGCGACAAAACAAAGAAAGGAAUUUCGAUAAGAAUAACCCUAUGAGAACGAACGAAGAUGCAUCACAUUACACAACACUUGCAGAACAAGAUGUUACUGUUGAAAGAAACGUUUAUGAGAUAUUAACACAAAAGGAGGGCACCAAUCAGUACGAAGCUUGUCUAAUGAAAGAAAGUCAAGAAACUAACAGUCAAAUGUAUGAGAGCUUACAAAAGACAGAGAUUUCUGAUAAACGAAACAUCUCUGACAAACAUAUGAUCGCCAAGUACACAAAAGAUGUGUCUAAUAUAUACGCAAACCAAUCCGCAACAGAUAAUUCUGCAGAAUACAUAAACCUCUCGUUUUCAAAGUAAUUUCUUUUUACUACAACCAACAACUGAUGAUUUGUUACAGUGGCCAAUCUUUAUCGCCAUUUGUACUUUUUUAUAGAUAUACUAUGACUGCAGCGAUAUGUCGCCUUUUUCUUUUAUAUAAUUUUUAACAAAAUACAGCAUGCACGGUGAACUAUUGAGAAACAAUUAAAAUCAUGAAUUGUUACAAUUAGCAAAUACACAUCCUACUUCAGUAUGUUCUACAAAAAUCCUUAUGAGUUAUUGAAUUUAAGAAAAAUCUCCAUAUUGUUUGCUUUGCUACAAAAAAUAUAUGUAUAUUAAUAGCCAAUAUUGUUUAGCCGCUAUGCAUCAAAAUAAUUAAAUUCAAAAUGCAUUUUUUCUCCUACUUGUUAAAUCAAAAACUUUUUAAAGGUUUCAUUUACAUGUACAUGUAUAUAGUUUUAUUCUUAUUGUUCGAAAUUGAAUGCAUUCAUUGUAACAGACUAUCGCCAAUGUAAUCUUUAUCUUACAUUGCAUGUGCUAUAAUUGAUAUCUACAAUUUUGCUUUGUUUGUGGAAAACAUCUCAAAUUCAUAUUUUACCGUAAAAUUGUUUAAAAUACAGUAUGGUAGUUAUUUAUAAAUUUUAUAAUAAAAUUUUCAUUAAA